AACUGCACUCCUCUGAUCUGAGUAUUUGAAACAGGACACCAGAACGACCCUUGUUAGCACAUAUUAACAAGUGCACCUGUGUAAGAACUUGCAGGAAUUAAUGAAACUGGGAACAAAUGUAUAUCAAAACUACAGAUACAAUUUGAAGAUACAACAGAAUACCAUGGCACUGUGGGAUGUGUUUGGAGUAAAGGGCAGCAGCAUCAUCAGAGAGUGGAGCGGUCAGGUCCAGCCGGCUCUCGUCGCUUCCUUCAUCUUUCUCUUCUGCCUGGAAGCCUGCCUGUGGGUCAGGAAUCUCAGGCACAAGAGAAGGCUGCCUGGACCCUUCCCCUGGCCAGUGGUGGGUAACGCCAUGCAGCUGGGGAAAAAGCCCCACAUCACUUUCACCAAAAUGGCCAAGAAAUAUGGAAACAUCUAUCAGAUUCGAUUAGGCUGCAACGACAUUGUGGUACUGAAUGGAGAUACCGCAAUUCGCCAAGCCCUGAUCCAGCAUAGUGCUGCAUUUGCAGGACGGCCAAAUUUCGGCUCAUUUCAAGUAGUGUCAGGUGGACACAGCAUUUCAUUUGGCAACUACACCACACAGUGGAAGAUACACCGUAGAAUUGCUCAAUCAAACAUCAGAGCUUUCUCUUCAGCAAACAGCCAGACCAAGAAAGCUUUUGAGCAACAUAUUGUGGGAGAAGCCUUGGAUCUUGUCCAGAAUUUCCUCAGACUCAGUACAGAGGGCCAGUAUUUCAACCCUGCUCAUGAACUGACAGUUGCUGCUGCUAAUGUUAUCUGUGCUCUCUGCUUUGGGAAACGUUAUGGACAUGAUGACUUAGAGUUCAAAACCCUUCUGAGCAAAGUGGAUAAAUUUGGAGAGACGGUAGGUGCUGGCAGCUUGGUGGAUGUCAUGCCAUGGCUUCAGUCUUUCCCAAACCCAGUGCGAAGCAUCUACCAGAACUUCAAGGAACUGAAUAAAGAGUAUUUUGCUUUUGUAAAAGACAAGGUGAUCCAACAUAGGGAAACAUACAAUCCUGCGGUGACACGGGAUAUGAGUGAUGCUUUCAUUGGGGAGAUUGACAGGGCAGACAACAUGACAGGAUUGAGCAGAGCUCACACGGAAGGAGCAGUGUCAGAUCUGAUUGGCGCUGGUCUAGACACAAUUUCGACUGGCCUACAGUGGAUGCUGCUGCUCUUUGUUAAAUACCCACACAUUCAAACCAAAUUACAAGAGCAGAUUGACAAAGUUGUCGGACGCGACAGAAUUCCUUCCAUGGAGGACAAGAGCAGACUGGCUUACCUCAAUGCAUUUAUCUAUGAGACCAUGAGAUUCACCACCUUUGUGCCCGCCACCAUUCCGCACUCCACUACCACAGAUGUAGCAAUCGCAGGCCUCCAUAUCCCCAAGGACACCAUAGUCUUCAUAAACCAGUGGUCCGUCAACCAUGACCCACAGAAGUGGAAUGACCCCCAUGUAUUCAACCCCUCCCGGUUCCUUGAUAAAAAUGGCGUCAUUGACAAGGACCUGACCAGCAGUGUCUUGAUCUUUUCAAUGGGAAAGAGAAGAUGCAUUGGUGACCAGAUUGCUAAGGCUGAAAUCUUUCUGUUUUGUGCCAUUCUACUCCACCAGUGCCGCUUUGAGCAUAGUCCUACACAAGAUCUCACCAUGGACGGUUCCUAUGGCUUAACACUGAAGCCCCUUCAUUUCACAAUCUCUGCCAAGCUCAGGGGGAAAAUACUUAAUGAGGCAUGAAAUCAGAUUCAUUUUUAAAUAAUGGUGUUUGCAGUAUCAGUCAGCAGUAAGCAGACACACAACAAGGUAUGUACUUUACAGCCAAUUGAGCUUUAGGCACUACAACACUGUGGUCCUUGAUCCCAACCUUAAGUCACCUCAUGUCUGAAAUAGUUACAGUAUGCAUGACCCAAAGAAUACAAAUGUACAUAUUCAUGUUGUGAUUAUUGUGCUAUAUUAAAUAUAUAAUAUAACAUACAAACAUAACAAACAAAUCACUCUAAACAUGAAAAGCAUAUAAUUAUGAAAAAAUAACAGAUUGGUAAAAUUCUUAGAUUGGUAAUUCUGGUUGGAACAAAUUGAAGCUCAACACAUUUCAGAAAUAUAUAAUUUAGCAUUCAAACUUAAAGAAUAUGUAUUUAAUAUUACACUUGUAUAAAUAUUGUAAUGGCCUCAAUACAUAACAAUAGUUUUAACAUGAAUGACCCGAUAAAAUAAAUAAAAACUAAGUCUAAUAAACACCUAAUAAAGUGCUCACUGAGUGUGUAGUGUGCAUGUGUGAUAUUUCUCUCCUGAUUUUUAAGACUCCCAUUUGUGGUUUGUAUGCACUAUUCAAGUCAGUUCUUCAUGCUUCACUGUAAGGUUGCAAUACUUCCUGUUGGAUUUAUAGGUACACUGAUUUAAAAUAUAAAAGCAUGCUUUACUUUAAAAAUAAUUAUGGAAAAUGUGUUGUAAAAUAUGAUAUAUAAAUCAGUUUCUUCUCAAUAAAGAAGGUGAACUGUCGACA